AUGGCGGAUACCGCUAUUGACAUUCCUUAUCUAUCUUCUCAUUUCUCUUUGUCCGAAUCGACCCUUUUGUCACUUACUGAGGCUCCGACGGUUGACCUCGUCAACCAGCUUCUUCAAUCCAUCACGACCAAGGCACAUGGAUACGAUGAACUCAAAUCGGACAAACUCAGAUUGGAAGUCGAGCUCGAAAAUGCAGUGCGCAGCAACGAAUCCAAGAUCAAGGUCCUGAAAGGCACGGUGGAAAAGGGCCAUUCUGAAGUCGAAGAGCUGCGAAAGAAGCUUCACGAAUCUGAAUCUACACGUGGAAAAUUGGAGGCCGAGAUCUCGACUCUCAAAUCUUCCUCCACGUCCAAUGAAAGCGAAGUCAGCUCCCUGAAGUCGCGCAUUACAUCUCUCGAAGAAUCAAACCGAGACACUCUUCGCUUGCUAGAGUCUAAAUCCGCUGCUCACGAUAAACUCGCAGAGGAGUUGUCCGCUCAACACAAGAAAACCAUUGAACUACGCCGCGAACUCUCAACCAUCGAGCAAAACCUCCAGAACGCCAAUUCCGCAUCUGCCAGCGCACGAUUCCGCGAGCAAAGCAUCCAGCAGGAAUUGGACCUUACCAAGAAAAACAACGAAUGGUUCGAGACCGAAUUGAAAACCAAGAAUGCUGAACACAUCAAGUUCCGCAAGGAAAAGAAUGCUCGCAUCGCUGAACUCCAACGCGAAAAUGAGGAGGCGAAUUCUUCCAUUGACGCUUUGAGGCGUAGCGAAAACUCCCUGAAGAGCCGGUUGGACGAGACCGAGCAACGGUACGAAGAGUCUUUGUCUAACAUCCAGCAGCUGAAGGAGGAAGCUAUACAGGCUGCGGAAUCUUUCCGUAACGAACUCGACAGUGCCAAUCGACUCGCCGAGCUCCAAGGGUCUGCUGCACAGAAUGCCAAGCAACGGGCUCAAGAGUGUCAACUGUCCCUGGAGAAGGCCACUGCGGAUGCGGCAGAGGAAAUUUCUCGCUUGCGAGUAGAGGCCGAGGCCGAACACAAUGAUAAAGAGGCUGCUGAGCGCCGCGUCGCCGAACUUGAAGUUUCCAUCUCUAAUCUUGAGUCCGAGGGAGCACGAAACCGCUCCAUGAGCCCUGCCCGAUCCAUCAACGGCAUGGCCCCUACGACACCCGUCCGACCAGGUACACCCGGAAGCACAUUUUCCCCGAGGACUGGCCGAACCAAGAAUGGUCUUUCGGUUACUCAGAUGUACACGGAGUAUGACAAGAUGAGAACACUUCUCGCGACAGAGCAACGAACCAGCCAGGAGUUGCGCUCAACCCUGGACGAGAUGGUUCAAGAACUUGAGUCGAGCAAACCUGAGAUUGACGAAUUGCGCGCAGACCAUAGUCGCCUCGAAAAUGCCGUGAUUGAGAUGUCCAACCUGUUGGAAUCGUCAGGCAAAGAACGUGACGAAGCAACUAAGGAAGCAAGGAAAUGGCAAGGCCAGGUCGAAGGUCUGGUCCGCGAAGGCGACAUUCUGCGUCAACAGCUUCGGGAUCUGAGUGCGCAAGUCAAGGUUCUUGCCCUCGAGGUGGCGAUGGUCAAGCAGGGUGAAGACUACGACCGCGAGGAGCUCGAAAGGAUUGCUCGCCAGGAGAUUGAAGAUUCUUCGGCUGAGCUUAACUCAACUGGUCGCUUUAUUAGCCAAAACCUCACCACUUUCAAGGAUCUGCACGAUCUCCAAGAGCAGAAUGUAACUCUCCGCCGUAUGCUUCGAGAGCUUGGCGACAAAAUGGAGGGAGAGGAAGCUCAGGCCAAGAAUGCAACGAGACAACAGGAAGCCGAGGAGCUGAAGGAGCUGCGAGUCCGCGUUCAAACGUACCGUGAUGAGGUCGCCAACCUUCUCGCCCAGUCCAAGAGCUACGUUAAGGAGCGUGACACAUUCCGCAGCAUGCUGAUGCACCGGAAACAGACGAUUGGCGAUACAUCUGUAUUCUCACAGUCUAUGCCGCUCGGUGCCGUUCCUCCGGGUGUCACUGACGGCCAGUCGAAAGAUUCGACAGACUACGCCGAACUGCUUCGCAAGGUGCAGGCCCACUUCGACACUUUCCGUGACGAAACCGCAACCGAUCACAAAGCUCUACGUCAACAGGUCAAUGAACUUUCGCGAAAAAACAGUGAGCUCUUAAGUGAAAUCAGCCGAUCUAGCAGUCAACUUGCCGCAGCCUCUCAACGGGCUGAGCUCCUUCAAAGCAACUUCACUAUGCUCAAGAGUGAAAAUAGUGACCUCCACAAGCGAUACUCAACUCUAUUUGAAAAUGCCAACCGUCAGGAUCUUCGUACUCAACAAGCAGCUGAGGACUUGGUCGAGGCGAAGGGCCUUGUAGAGAGCCUUCAGAGAGAGAACGCUAAUCUCAAGGCGGAGAAGGAUCUUUGGAAGAACAUUGAGAAGCGAUUGGUUGAGGAUGCGGAGAACAUGCGAAAUGAACGUAGUCGACUUGACUCCAUGAAUGCUAGUUUGCAAACAAUGAUGAACGAGCGGGAGCAUGCUGACAGCGAGACUCGCCGCAGGCUCCAAUCUAGUGUGGAGGCUCUCGAAUCGGAACUGCAAACAACCAAGCGCAAGUUGAAUGAGGAAAUGGAAGAGUCGAAGAAGGCUGCCAUGCGCCGUGAAUAUGAACAUGAGCAGUGCCAGAAGCGAAUUGAUGACCUGGUGACUAGUCUUGGUUCUGUCAGGGAAGAGCAAGUUGCCAUCAAGACAACCCGUGAUCACCUACAGUCCCGUGUCGAUGAGCUCACCGUUGAGCUCAAGAGCGCCGAGGAACGCAUUCAGGUUAUCCAGUCACGCCCGAGCGUUUCUGCCGCUCCUGCUGAUGCUCCCACCACCCAAGAAGCAGGAGAGGAUGCUAGUGGCCUGACUCGGGAACAAGAACUCGCCAUCGAGGUGUCUGAACUCAAGCGUGACCUUGACCUUGCCAAGGCAGAGCUGGCCCAUGCCAAGGAACAAGUUGAAGAAUAUAAGAAUAUCAGUCAAUCAACCGAAGAGCGCAUGGAAGCCGAGGCUGAGACCAAUGCGAUGUACCGUGAGGAGACUGAUCGUCUUAUUGAAGAGAAGGAUAAAAAGAUUCAAGAUCUGGAGACCCGCAUUGAAGAGAUUUCUUCGGAGCUCUCUACCACCAAUACUGAAAUUUCCAAGCUGCGUGACGAGCAAGGUGAUGCUACACGUCAUCUUGAGGAACAGAAAGCUACGCUGGAAUUAGAAAUCACUCGCUUGAAGGACGACAACGAACGACAGGUCGCUGCUGCCCAGUUCCAUCAGGAGGAUCUGAAAGCCCAGGCCGAAAUCGCUCAGCACGCCCAACAAAACUACGAGACUGAAUUGGUCAAGCACGCUGAAGCCGCGAAGAACGUUCAAAAUAUCCGUGCCGAGGCGAAUCAACUAAAACUCGAACUAGUUGAAUUGCGAACCCAGUCUGAAACCUACAAGAAGGACUUGAGUCAGAAGGAGGAGAGUUGGUCUGAGCAAAGAGCUCGUUACGAGAACGAGCUCAGUGAGUUGCACAAACGCCGCGAGGAAGUUCUUCACCAGAACUCUGUUUUGCAUACCCAGUUGGAGAACAUCAGUGCCCAGAUCGGCGCUCUCCAACGUGACCGUGCAAACGUCCCCGAGGAUGAUGAGAAUGAAGAGGGUCAGUCAGCUCCCAACCUGGAGGGUCUUCAAGAAGUCAUCAAGUUCCUGCGCCGAGAGAAGGAGAUCGUGGAAGUGCAGUACCACCUUUCGACACAAGAAGGCAAGAGACUGCGCCAACAGCUCGACUACACCCAAUCUCAGCUUGAUGAAACGCGACUCAAGUUAGAACAGCAGCGACGCGCUGCAGCUGAUUCUGAACACAACACUCUCAACCACAACAAGCUUAUGGAGACCCUCAAUGAGCUUAAUCUUUUCCGCGAAAGCAGCGUGACUCUUCGCAACCAAGUGAAGCAGACUGAAACUGCUCUCUCGGAGAAGACUGCUCAGCUUGAUGAGCUUCGCCAGAAGAUCCAACCCUUGGAGACUAAGAUUCACGAACUGGAAGGAAACUUGGAAGCGAAGGAGGGCGAGAUGCAGCUACUCCAGAAAGACCGCGAUCAUUAUCAGCAACGCAUCCAGAAUAUUCUCCAAAAGUACGACCGAGUGGAUCCCGCUGAAAUGGAGGCUCUCAAAGAGAAACUUAACACCCUGGAGAAAGAAAGAGAUGAGGCAGUUUCGGCACGAGACGACUUGCAAACACAAAAGGCAGCCCUCGACGAGCAGCUUCAAAAUGCCGAGGCCGACGUGGCGAGCCGUUUACAGGACCAGCGUAACAAGCUUGGAGAGCAGUUCAAGGCUCGGUCGAGGGAGCUCUCUGGGCGUCUCAAUGCCAAGCAAGCGGAAGUGAAUACAGCUGUGCAAGAGAAGGAGGUUCUUCAGGAUGAACUGAGUAAGACCAAGGCAGAACUCGAGAGUGUGAAGGCCAGCCUAAGCAAUGCUCCUGCUGCGGCCGCUCCUGUGCCAGCUACCACAACCGAAGCUGUGCAGGAACCUACAACAGUUAACCCAACCCCUGCCUCACAAUUCCCCACAACAACAACGGCCGUUGCCGUGCCUGGGGAUGAACAAAAGGUCAAGGAGCUGGAAGCGAAGAUUCAACGUUUGGAGGCUGCUCUGGUUGAAAAGGAUGCCCUCCUUGCAACCAAGGAUGUCGACAGUACUAAGCUCAAGGAACGCGUCGAGAAAAUGAAAGAGAGCUACACUGCUAAGGUCGCCGAACUUCGUGCUGCUCAUGCCCAAGAGCUCCAAAAGCUGUCCUCGAAUGGAGAGCAACCGACUCCUGCUACACCUGGGGUUACCACAGAGAUGCCCUCGACGCCUUCUAAGGCUGCUUUUGAUAUCUCAGAGCUCACAGAUGGCCAAGUUCGGGAGCUGGUCGCGAAGCAUCCAACAAUCCGUACCAUUGUUAAGAACAACAUUAUGACCCAGGUCGCCAAGGAAAGAGAAAAUUUGAAAGCCCAAGCCCAAGCCCAAGGUCAGGCAACGCCUGCAGUGGAUACGGAAGCCUUGGCUGCGGUGGAAACCAAGUUUAAUGAGGAAAGAGAAACGUUGAAGAAGAAUCAUGAGGCGGAACUUGGGGAGAGAGUGAAAUCUGCUGUGGAACUGAAUGACAAGAAGUAUGCCGCCCGCUUGAGUAUGAACGAAACUCGAUUCAAGUCGGCCCAGGCCAAGAUCGAGGUUGUUCAAAAAGCGGCCCAAGAGACCCCUCAAAGACCUGUUGUCGAGGUUUGGGAGUUGGCUAAAACCGCGAAGCCUGCUCCGGCCGCAAAGCCCGCCGGAAUCUCAUCUCCCGCUCCGCCUGCUUCUCCUGCACCGGCUGCGACUCAAGUGGCGCAGCCUACUCCAUCGCCAGCCCCAACUCCAGUGCCGAGUUCAGAGCAACCUGUGGCCAAUAAUCAACCGGUCGCUGCUGAACAACCAGCUGCUCCACAGCCACAAGAGGUCAAGCCGGAGGGUGAACAAAACACUACACCCGUCAAUCCUUUCGGUCAAAUGCAACAGAAUGAUCAGUCCAAGCAACCCGCUUCUCUACCUACUAAGCCACCGGCUAACACCCCACCUGGAAUGCUUCGGGCCCUCCAGUCAGGCUUGCCAGUUGUACGAGGUGGUCGCGGGGGCGGUCGUGGUGGCCAGCAAAAUACUUUUGGCCAUGGCCAGCAGCAAGGUGACCAGCAACAACAGGGUCAGGGCCAGAACCAGGCUCAGCGCGGUACUGGCCUCCCGCGAGGUCGCGGAGGUCGCGGUGGACAAGGUCGUGGUGGACAUACCGCUGCUGCGCAAGCGCCAAAUCAAGGACAGUCAGGUGCAGCGACUCGCGGAGGCUUGAAUAUUCAGGCCCGCCAAUUCAUUCCCCAGGGAAAUAAGCGGAACCGAGACGACGCUGCGGAUUCUCCCACUGAUGCUAGUGGUGGUAAGCGCAUGCGAGGUGGUGGCCAGUCUCGUGGAGGCUCAUCUUAG